UUAUUAUGCUUCAGUAGUUCAGUUAGCUCGCUGCUGCCUGCAUGUGCAAUGGAGCGUUCAACGCCGGGAACAAUGGCGGCACGGUCGUGGUUGCUUCUCCUCUGCUUCGUCGCCGUCGCCACCGCCGGAGUGCUCCAAGCUCGUGCCCAACCUGACAGCAACGGUUUCAUCAGCGUAGACUGUGGCCUCCCGGGGAAGACGGGCUUCGUGGACGACAAGACCAAGAUAUCCUACGCGGCGGACGACGGCUUCACCGACGGCGGCGCGUGCCACAACAUCUCGGCGGAGUACAUCACGCCGGGGCUCGCCAAGCGCUACCACACCCUGCGCAGCUUCCCGGACGGCAAGCGCAACUGCUACACGCUCCGGUCACUCGUCGCCGGGCUCAAGUACCUUUUCCGCACCACCUUCUUUUACGGCAACUACGACGGCCUCAACAAGCUACCCGUGUUUGAUCUCUACGUCGGCGUCAACUACUGGACGAUGGUGAACAUCACGGGCCCCGGCGACGCGGUGAUCGUGGAGGCCAUCGUCGUCGUGCCGGAUGACUUCGUGCAGGUCUGCCUGGUGAACACCGGCGCCGGGACGCCGUUCAUCUCCGGGUUGGACCUGAGGCCUCUCAAGAACACGCUCUACCCGCAGUCGAACGCCACGCAGGGCCUUGUCCUCCUCGGCCGGCUCAACUUCGGCCCGACCGAUUACACCGACGUCAUAAGGUACCCGGAUGAUCCGCACGACAGGAUAUGGUUCCCGUGGGUGGACUCGACCAAAUGGAGCCAGAUAUCAUCGACGAAGAAAGUGCAGGAUCUAGACAACGACAUGUACGAGACGCCGACGGCGGUGAUGCAGACGGCGAUCACGCCGCGGAACGCCUCCAGGAACAUCGAGUUCUCCUGGGACCCCGUGCCGCUGCCCAACGACCCGACGCCCGGGUACAUCGCCAUCUUCCACUUCUCCGAGCUGCAGCUCCUCCCCGGCAACGCCGUGCGCGAGUUCUACAUCAACCUCAACGGCAAGCCGUGGUCCCUGACCGCCUUCAAGCCGGAGUACCUCUACAACGACGCCACCUUCAACCGGAACCCAUUCCUACGGUACCCGCAGUACAACAUCUCCAUCAACGCCACCGCCAACUCGACGCUGCCGCCGCUCAUCAACGCCGUCGAGGUGUUCUCCGUCAUCCCCACUGCCACCAUUGGCACUGACCCAGAGGACGUGGCUGCAAUCACGGCGAUCAAGGAGAAGUAUCAGGUGGUGAAGAACUGGAUGGGUGACCCAUGUGUUCCGAAGAUGCUUGCGUGGGACAAGUUGACCUGCAGCUAUGCCAUUUCUAACCCUGCAAGAAUCAUUGGCCUAAACCUGUCCUCCAGUGGUUUGAGCGGUGAGGUAUCGUCCUAUUUCGGGAAUCUUAAGGCUAUUCAAAACUUGGAUUUGUCAAAUAAUAAAUUGACAGGUCCAAUUCCAGACGCCCUUUCACAGUUACCUUCAUUGACAUUUCUAGAUUUGACAGGAAAUCAACUCAGUGGAUCGAUCCCGUCUGGUCUUCUCAAGAGAAUUCAAGAUGGCUCUCUAAAUCUAAGAUAUGGAAAUAAUCCAAACCUCUGCACUAAUGGCGAUUCAUGCCAGCCAGCAAAAAAGAAGAGCAAGCUAGCUAUCUACAUAGUUAUUCCAAUAGUUAUAGUUCUGGUUGUGGUGAUAAUAUCAGUGGCAGUACUACUUUGUUGCCUGUUGAGACGGAAAAAGCAAGCAGCAAUGAGCAAUUCUGUGAAGCCACAAAAUGAGACAGUGAGCAAUGUGUCGUCAAAUGGCGGAUACGGGCAUAGUUCAUCACUACAACUUAAGAAUCGUCGAUUUACGUACAAUGAACUUGAGAAGAUAACGAACAACUUCCAGCGGGUGCUUGGCCGUGGAGGGUUUGGGUACGUUUACGACGGCUUCUUGGAGGAUGGCACUCAAGUGGCAGUGAAAUUGCGGUCUGAAUCUUCCAAUCAAGGUGCUAAGGAGUUCCUCGCGGAGGCUCAAAUUUUAACCCGGAUUCAUCACAAGAAUCUUGUCUCUAUGAUUGGUUACUGUAAGGAUGGGGAAUACAUGGCACUUGUAUAUGAGUACAUGUCAGAAGGAACACUACAAGAACACAUUGCAGGUAAAAACAACAACAGGAUAUAUUUAACCUGGAGAGAGAGGCUUCGAAUAGCACUAGAAUCUGCACAAGGGCUAGAAUACCUACACAAGGCGUGCAACCCACCACUUAUUCAUAGGGAUGUGAAGGCGACCAACAUCCUAUUGAACACAAGGCUUGAGGCGAAGAUUGCUGACUUUGGCCUAUCCAAGACAUUCAAUCACGUUAAUGACACCCAUGUAUCUACGAACACGCUUGUUGGCACACCUGGAUAUGUGGAUCCAGAGUACCAAGCAACAAUGCAACCAACCACCAAGAGCGACGUCUAUAGCUUUGGUGUUGUCUUAUUGGAGUUGAUCACAGGGAAGCCGUCUAUUCUACGUGAACCAGGGCCCAUUAGCAUCAUCCAGUGGGCACGGCAACGUUUGGCACGAGGUAACAUCGAAGGUGUGGUGGAUGCACACAUGCAUGGUGACCAUGAUGUGAAUGGUGUGUGGAAGGCCGCAGACAUUGCCCUUAAAUGCACCGCACAGACAUCGACACAACGACCCACUAUGACCGAUGUGGUAGCUCAGCUGCAGGAGUGCCUAGAGCUCGAGGAUAGGCGAUGUGGCAUGGAAGAUACAUAUAACAACUUCUAUGCCGGCAACAACAAUGAUCCCAACUCAAGUUAUAACAUGUACAACACGGACCAGUCCACUGAUGUGAGUCAAAACAACACGAUGGAGCAUAAUUUUGAAAGAGUGCCAACCAUGGCUACAGGGCCAGUUGCACGAUAAAGGCCUUUGCCAAUCUGAUCCGAGACUGCUAGUCCUAAAAUAGAUACAUGCAGAACUGAAACAAUAUUGUUGCUUUAAUUUACCAAAGUAAAUGCAAGCGCAUAAAGUUUCAAACAAUCAAGAUCUAGAGCUUUUACCGUGUGGAAUUUGUAAUCAAUACACUUAUCUAUUCUUUGAUAUUUAUAACUCUUCCAUACUAUUCUUCAAGAAGAGAAAAGUCAAUAUACACCUAAUAAUUUUUUU